GGAGAGUUUUCAGUGAUAAUUAGAAACAUCUCCAAGGACAAAAAUCAUCCUACUACAAUCAAUCGGGCUGCCAAGAGCGUCCAAGAAGCCAUGAUUCAAGGUUUACCUAAAGGCGUUUCUAUUUUGGAAAGCGCAUUGCAAUGGCGUCUACUAAGCGAAGCAGAACUGGUAGCUUCGGAGUCAGUAGAGGGAACCUUGGUAAGUCAAGGAAGCGCUGAGUGGACCAUAAAUAGAAGAAUCAUACCCUCGGGUAUCUAUCAAAUCAAAUUCACUGUGUCAGUCAAGAUUGGUGAUCCAGCCGCUCCGCAGACUCUCCAGGCGUUUGAUUAUGGUUUCAUUCAAAGCAUCCCUGGCCCAAUAAUUGCAAUAAUUGACGGUGGGAGCAGUGUUCGAUGGGGGUCACCAGAAAAUGUUACGGUGGACGGCUCGCUCAGUUACGAUGGAGAUAUUGGUCCUGGAACCCAUACUGGCCUUAAUUUUACUUGGUCUUGUUCAUUACAUAAUUCAAUCAGCUAUAGCUGCUUCGGUGCAUUUGCGAACGAAAACGCCAACACCACAGCUAUAACUAUCAAUACAGAAAAACUCUUACGUGGAAAUUCUUAUGUUCUAAAGUUGACUGUUUCCAAAGAUACAAGAAGUGCUUUUGCUGAAAUGAAAUUUGAAAUAGCUUACGGGGAAGUACCGCAAGUGGUAAUAAGGUAAGAGCUGCAAGUAUGGAACACACUGAAAACUAGCUUAGCAUGAUAUGGACUGAGGUAUAUGAUAGCCUGUGUAUCAGGCCUUCUUUAGGGUUAAGGGAGUAGACAUUUUAAACGACGAAGGGGAGAGGGGGGGAGGAGAAAGAAAGGCCUGACACGGAACCUUUCACCUAGCUGUGUGACACAUCUAUGGUGGCCUAGGAGUGCCACAAGAAAAUUGUGUAGUAUCUUGUAAGUUCCCCGUAAUUUAUUAUGUUAUUUCAUUUUAUUUUUAAACUUUAAACGAAAAAAAAAUUAUUAUCGAGAUACUUUACAUCAAAUUUAAACGAAAAAAAUAGAAAGUAAUGUAAAAUAAUUUUUAAGCAAAAGUAAAAUGAAACGAAAAUAAUAUUCCUUGGCCUAGCAGUGCCAUAAGGUUUUUCUAAAAAAAAAAAAAUUUGUUCAUGGCCUAUCGAUGCCAGAGCCCACAAUGCACUUCGCUGAUCUUUUGCGUGGCUCCUAAGCGAUGUUUGCAUGAUUUCUCUGUUUCAAUCAUGUCGGGUAAACGUAAGCAAUGGGACGACUACAAGGAGCGCCAAGGAAAGAAACGGAUAGGUGCAAAGAGCGAUAAAGCUAGCCCCAGUGCAUAGUUCUAUAAGCUGGCUCACUUUCAACAUUUGACUAAGAGAGACAGAACGCGGUAUUACAGACGAUUUUGUGACAGCUGUCGCCGCACUAUCGCACUUUCGUGGGCUAACUGGCUCACUUUUAUGUAAUGGCCGGACGAAGACUGGCUCCUCGGCUUUUUGCCACUUUUCAUAUUCCAGAAAUCUGAUAUGAAUGACCUUCGACCAGUCUUUGAUCUGACUUUCAUGCGUGUAAGAGGGCCCUCGUUCGCCCGAGAGAACAUCACAUUCGCAAUUUGUUCCAAAAUGCGACUUACAGGCAUCUUUGAUAUUCUUGAAAGUUGGUUCUUUGUCGAACGGCACGAGGGUUAAAGGGCCAAUGCGGUUGUACUUUUGGCCCUUUCCUUGAACGUUUGCCGAUAGUCUCUGCACAGUCAAGAAGCCUUCAGAUGCACUGGGGCUAGCUUUAUCGCUCUUUGCACCUACCCGUCUCUUUCCUUGGCGCUCCUUGUAGUCUUCCCAUUGCUUACGUUUACCCGACAUGAUUGAAACAGAGAUAUCAUGCAAACAUCGCUUAGGAGCCACGCAAAAGAUCAGCGAAGAGCAUUGUGGGCUCUGGCAUCGAUAGGCCAUGAACAACAUUUUUUUUUUUUUAGAAAAACCUUAUGGCACUGCUAGGCCAAGGAAAUAUUAUUUUCGUUUCAUUUUACUUUUGCUUAUAAAUUAUUUUACUUUACUUUCUAUUUUUUUCGUUUAAAUUUGAUUUAAAGUAUCUCGAUAAAUUUUUUUUUCGUUUAAAGUUUAAAAAUAAAAUAAAAUAACAUAAUAAAUUACGGGGAGCUUACAAGAUACUACACAAUUUUCUUAUGGCACUCCUAGGCCACCAUACACAUCUCCCAAAGAAACAUCUUGAAGUCUUUUGACAUUUCUGAAAAAAAAGAUUGGCCAUUUCUACUACUUUUCGCGGAAUUUCUGCAAUAUGGUCGGCUGAAAACAGUUGCAUUUCAUCUUGACCUGAAAUGGUUUCAUAUACAACUGUACGUUUUCAUGGUAACCAAAAUGAACCGGGGAAACAUAUCGCCAAGUUUCUGUAACACAAAUUACACCUUCUAGUCUCAAAAAGCCGGAACCAUUUCCCCAUUUCAGAGGUAAGAAGGUUUUAAAGAAGAUUCCGAAAAUCCCCAAAGCAAAACAAAGUAAUAACAUGAAACAAGCUAAAUGUAGGGAUCAUCUGGGCUUCCAUGGAUUUCUAAACCAUUUGUCCUCAACAAAAUAUCGAAAAAACAUGCAAUAUUGGAAUACAGGCAACAUUGGGAGCGGCAACACUAGGCUCAGCUUAUGUUAAAAACGGAAGUGACUGGUGUAUCAUCGAAAACACAACGGUAAGGAUCAGGGGCUAAUUGUUAAAAAUAUUGGUCAUGUUUCCCGUUGUCCAAACACUAGAUGCUGCAGGCGAAGUCAAGGUGUCCAUACCAACGGAAUCUUUGGAUAAAUAUCGCUGAACUAUUAAAUGUCUCUAUUGAGGAAGCAAAGUGGUCUACGCGAGAUAAGAGUGGUUUUGCUGCAUUGGUUGACUGUGUAGUCGCCAAUGCAACACCUUGAUAACAUAAUUACUGACUAAAGGUUUAAACUGUAUUGUACUCUACUGUUACUAAAACAACCUUUUUCAGUUUAAAGAGGCAAAAAUUGAAGGACGAAAAGAAGCCGUUAUAAGACAGUAGCGAAUGAAAUAGUCAUUGUCUUUGCGAAUUCGUCUUGUGUUCUGAGUGUGGACUGUUGCCCUGUUUCUACAUUGUGAUAGAAUAGAUUCGUCCCACUUUCUAUGAAGUAAUCUCUAUAUUCUUUUCAUCUCCAGAUGCUUUAUUGAUUGCGGUAAAGUAGUGUCUGCUACAAGCAAGCUCCGCGUGACUUCGGAGUGUCCCAAUUCAGCAUGCAAUGGUUCAGUUUAUGAGUGGCGUCUAAAGCAAAGAAAGGAGGAGGCAGAUCCCUGGGAGAAUAUAUCUAUUUUGCCUAAUAUGACAUCCACAGUAGUAAAUGCCACUGACAUGAUCAUCAAGAAAAAUUCUUUGCCCUCUGGUUUCUACUUCAGUUUACAACUCUCGGUAACAUCUCAAGCAGGUUCAGAAGGGUUUGGAGUCCUGGAGCUCGAGACCGCCGGAGUUCCACACGGUGGGUUUUGCGCGAAGUCAAUCAACGAGGGUGUGGCGCUUGAGACGGAGUUUACGUUUGAAUGCUUUGAAUGGGAAGACAAAAAUGCUCCAAUAACUUACGAAUUCCGUGUUGGAAAGGACAUAAUAUCGUAUGGAAGGUCUCCUAAGUCUAGACCUACAGUGUUAGCUGCCGGACAACCAGAAAGUGAUUAUCAGCUACAAAUAAACAUCAUUAUAAAGAACUCCAUUGGUGUAGCGGUUAAGGAAACGGCAUUUGUCAAGGUAACGUUUAUAUUUCAAAUUGAAGCGUAUACGUUCGCGAAUACUGUUUGAAAGAAAAAAAGACAUAAGAAUAUCACGUUAUUCUAGUCCCAUACUUUUUUGUGGAUAAUCGAUUUUAAAAAUACGCUGCAGAAAAAGGUUUGCAAGCAGGGAGGUAAACGUGUGAUUUAAAUUCCCAUGGCACCUUUCCUCCAUGAUUGAUUUCUAUAGCGGAGCACUAUGAGUAAGAAAAACUGGCAACCUGUCUUUGCGGGAUGUUUUGGUCCUGACGUUAGCGUACUUCCUUACGCACAUGUAUACAUACGCCCGUACAGUCUUUAAGGGAGAGAAAAGCGAGUCCCAGAUAUACAGCUUACGAAAGGUGUUUUUGUUUUUUAAUCAGGUCAUGAGAUCUUCCAAGUUUGACCCAUGUUUCACACCACCAGAAGAAGUGGGCGAGCAGUUAAAAAGCCUUGUAGUCUGGGAGGAAUGCAAGCUAGACGGACUUCUGAAUAAAGGUGAAAUCAACCAGGGAGCACAGCUGGCGCUGUCGGUACUUAAAACUGCCAAGGCAAAGUCAGUUUGCGGACAGGGGUUAAGUUUGAUUACAAUAACACAGGUUAGUACAUUUAAAUUUACUAAGCAAUUUCAUUUUAAAGGAGGCCUUCUUGUUAAAACUUUAUUCAACUCGGACUCCACCAUUGUUGGAUGCUUAUUUUAUUAAGUUCUUGGGAUGCGGAUCGGGAUUCAAUGGCUACCCUUUCUCCGAGACCGAGAAUUUGCACUCUUGCACUCUUACGAUGAAAGCUUAGUUGAAGAGAAAGCGACUCCGAAUGCAAGACUAUCUUAAGCGCACUUAAUGGAUGUUAGUAAAGUGUUUUGUCUUUGUCGUUUUCUUGGUACCUCCUGGGCACCUGAUGUUGAAUCUGACUAAAAAAACCAACAGAUUACCAAUACUAUAAAACUUUAGGUUCAUGAAUGCUCGCCAAAAAUGAUGACAGAAAGUCAUUGGUUCGGGUUCUGUAAUGGCUAUCAUAAGACUGCUUUUCUUGAUCUACCUAGAUAUCAGACACCAUCACCGAGAAGUUCUCAGCAAUAAAACCAGCGAGUGGCAAGAUGUCUGAUGUCAUAUUAGGUGUAAUUAAUGAGGCAACUGUGGAAGGAGGAGACGGAGCUAAAGCUUUGGUACCACACAUUUCUUUUUAUAUAUCUAUCAACUUCUGGGUUCAUAAAUCCACCCCCUAAUCUUCCAAACCUUCCAUUCAGAGACCAAUCCAUCUGCCUUGGGUCCUGACCCCGUUAUAUGAUUGACGGUAUGUUCGUGUCUUUUUUUUUUCUCUAGAUAUUUUUUCUGUCCUCCAUUUAUUUACUCAGAUGAGAUAAAACGCUUAUAAUUUAAUGAGAAAAAAUAUAUAUAUAUAUAUAUUAAGUGGAAUAAAGAACGAAAGACACAAAUCAGUGUAACUGACCGGCUGAAGCAGAUUGGCGGCUUACAUGGAAAAGAAUCAAUCUGUUGAGGAAUGGCAAAAAUCACGAUAUAGAAGGUCAAUCGGCAAAUAAUCUGGCCUUGUCCCUCUUCUCAAUAUUAUUUACAAACUGAAAUUUAAUGAUGUGUAUUCCCGUGGCAAUUGAGGUUGCCUCAUGGUGCUCUACAGCUGUAAAUGUUAGUGAUAAAAAGCAGCAAGAAAAGUAAAGGGAAAUAAUUAACCAGUAUUUGUUGUGAGUUAAAGAACGUUGGAAAACCCAUCGCUGUCAAAAAAUGAACAUGAUUAUCAAUUUGUUGUAGGAAAUGGCACUUAAAAUGUCCGAAAGUGCAACAUCAACACUUGCCAAGGCCUUGAACGACCCAGAGGAACCUUUCACUCCUGAAUUAGAGGAAAGAGCCACAAGUGUCGCAAGUUGCUUGAGGAACGUUAUGAAAGGAGCAAGUCAAGAUGCUGGAUCGACUUCGGGGGAUUCCUCGUCUUCAAAGGUAGAAAAAUAUGGCUAACUCUGAUUGAUCUUACGUGCAACGAUUUUAAAGAAGGGACAAUCAGAAUAGGAUACUUUAAAGGCCCGGGAUGACCUUCGGGCCCGUACGCCUGUUUCAUAUCAGUUUUCUUUUCUGACCAAGUAUUAGCUUGCAUGGCACCAUGAAAACGCACCAAAUCGUUAUGCACCAUACUGCCAUUGUACUUGUUCACCUCGUUGGUUGUUCCUGGUCGAGGUUUAAUCCACAUUGAGCCCAUUUCUCGAAAUUUCCGAUAAUUACCUUGCCCGGAAAGCUGCUAUGUCAGGACCCAAGUCUCACUAGUUUUGCAGAUACAUGAUUAAGUUCUCAAUGAUGUUCGCUAAUAUAUCACUCCGGACCCGAAAAGUUACAGGACUUUCGAGAAAGGGACAAUGCUCCAGUGUUAAUCACUCCCCUAAAGAAGUCACUCACUAUUCCAGCCCUUCCCCCGUCAGUUGUGAGAUAUAUACGCUGGGAUAUACGCUCGGAUUUACGCUAAGUCGUACGCAGAGAAUUGUCUUAAACUGGUAUUUAUCAACUUCUUUCAACUUCUAUAUGUAGAAUAACGUCGAACAAGCUUCUCAAAACCUGCAAAACAUGAGUGAUGCGUUUUUUGGCCGCUUGGUGCGGUCAGAAAAUUUAGUAAUUAAAACAGAUGAUCUCUCGCUAGCUCUAAAGAAGGUCUCCCCUGAUGAUGUUAAGGGUCUAAGUAUGGAAGAAGGACCAACAAAGUUUGAGUUGCCCGGAAAUCUUGGAAAUAUGGGUACUGGGGACAUCAAUGCAAAGGUAACAAGGCAGAUAAGAGCCACUUUAAAAAAAAGUGUUGUCCUUUUGUAUACUCUAGGUCCGUUGCCACUUUCAUAUGUUUUUAUUUGUUUUGGUCACAUUUAGCUCAAUGUCAAAAUAUGAGAGAAACAGCCUUGAUUUUGUUAGUUAUUCCUAAUAUUUCUUCACUUCUGACUGGCCAGGACUAAUUAUUCACAAUGGUCUAUCGCUAUCCCAAUUAGGUAGCCAAAUUUUGGUCCCUGCUGGCUCCUUCAUGACAAUGUUCUUUUGAAACUAACCCCUUUAUUCUUGUUACAAUUGCAGAUGACGGCUGUUAAAUUUAACCCUUAUACCUGGAACAAUAGCAGCAAGGCCAUCCAAUCAAAUGUUAUCGGCCUCGAGUUACAAAAUGGCAACCGGAAGAUCAAUGUGUCGAACCUUGAUGAUGACAUUGUGAUGGUCAUUCCAAUAAGCAGCCCAGCCGAGCAAAAUACAAAUACUAGUAGUCCAACAGAACAUUCUUUUCUUAAGCCAGACAAAAUGUCAAUCCGUUCUUAUAACGCACAACUGGCAGACGUCCCCGUUUCAAUUAAUAUGGCAGUGGUGGAAAAGGGUUUAUUUCUUGUUAAAGUCUUUGUGAAAUUUGGAUCCAGACCGACAAUAGACAGCUUUGACCACAACUUUACAAACCCGUUCACAUCAUCGUGUGGAAACCACACAAGCGGCAUGCAGAACCUUUCAUCCUGCCUUCCUGAUGAGUCCUCCAUGACAGUGGUGCCACCAAGUGCAAGUCCUCUUUAUGUUGGAAUACUUUUAGUAGGAAAUAAAACCAAAAACGAAAACCCCAGACAAAAGAGAUCAUGCUUCGGCCAUGGCCGACAGAAGCGCGCCUGUGUUGGUUUUAAAGAUCCACCACCAAAAGGAGUCACCAGAACAGUUAUUCCACAGUACGACCCAUCUACAGAUGUAAACUAUACAAUGGCCAUUACCCAGUCAAGUUGUUUGUAUUGGUCGGAAGAGAGAGACAAGUG